AUGGGAGAUAUUAAUAUCGACCUUCUUGAGAAUACUCCGUCAAAGAGGCAGUUGAUGGAUAUAUUAACGACACAGGGGUUUCGGCAGUAUAUCGACGAUGCAACCAGACAGGACGGCUCAAGCUCAACUUUGCUAGACCAUGUGUACACAAACAUCCGCGACGAUCGAGUUACCGCCGCCUGCGUUGACACCCAUCUGAGCGAUCACGCAGCGCAGCGACUGAUCGCGCCGUGCCCCCCGCGCCACCCACCGCCUCAAGUGAUAACAAAACGGGUUUUUAGCCACAAAAACAGAACGGCCUUCGUCUUAGCACUGGAGUCCAUAGACUGGCAAGCAGUUGUGGCUAAACACAGCGGCGAAUGUAAACAAUUUGCAGCCACAGUAAUUAAUGUCCUCACUAACUUACUAAAUAUCCACCUUCCACUAAAACCUUUAAUAAUACGUCCUAAAUACAACCCCUGGAUUGAUAGCGAAAUCCAAGAUCUAAAAGCACUGGCUUUAGAGUUUACUAGCCUAUCAAAAAAAUACCCGGAUAAUAUUCCCUUACAUGACGCCUCGAGUAAGUUACAGGAAUGCUACCACUAUAAAUUAAAAACUAAGCGCAGUGACUAUUUUAAUUCAAUCAUUGAUAAUAACCCCAAUAAAAGCAGGGCGAUGUGGAAGGCCAUCAACACCGAGCUAGCUCGGGCCCCCCGCGAGCGUGUCGACUACACCGAGCUGCUCGUGGAUAACGCCGGCCGCCGAUUUGAGUCCAAACAGCUCGCGGUGGACGCGCUCAACCACGAGUUCGUGACGGCGGCCACUGCGUGCGGUGCGCCCUCUGCCGACCACGGCCGAUGCAUUUCCGCCUUGUCGGAGGGGUACGCUGACGCCGAUUGCUCGCUGAGGCUGAGGGCUUUCACACCGCACGAAGUCGCUAAUUUAUUUAAAUAUUCUGUUGCGCCUAAAAACAGCACUGACGCUUAUGGCUUAUCCACUAACCUGCUAAAGCAAGCCAGCCCUACAAUUAGCUACGUGUUAUCCCACUUAUUCAACAACUGUAUGCGAUCAGGAGUGUAUCCGGAAACCUUAAAAAAAGUUAAAAUAUGCCCUCUUUAUAAGGGUAAAGGCAAAAAAUCAAUUAUUAAAUCCUAUCGCCCCAUAUCAUUGGUUCCAGGCCCGAGCAAGUGUUUUGAGGCGGGGUUAAAUAAGCGUUUACUUGGUUUCUGGGCACCGCGGAACAUACUGUCCGAGAGCCAAUACGCCUAUCGACAAGGCCGGUCCACCACAGACCUGGUGCGCGAGGUGGUGCGCGGUGUACUGAGCGCCCGCGAGGCAGAGCGGUAUGUAGCCGUAAUUUGCUGCGACCUAUCGCGCGCCUUCGACACGGCGGACCACGCACUCGUCGCCGACAAACUUGCGCACUACGGCAUUCGGGGACCGGCCAAUAAGCUAAUAUUGUCAUUUAUGACAGACAGAGCUCAGGUCGUCGUUGGCGCCGGAGGUAGUGUUGUGUCUGCGGAAUUACGAAACCUCAUGGGCGUUCCCCAGGGCUCGUGCCUUUCCAACACUUUGUUUAGCGUUCUUUUAAACGACUUGCCAAAGGCGAUAAAAGGAGCGGAGAUAUUUAUGUACGCUGACGACGUCACGGCAGUCAUAACCGCAUCCGCUGAACAUGAGUUGGAGGGAGCGAUAAAUGACAUCAUGGAACAACUACACCAAUGGUUCCAGUCCAACGGCCUGGCCAUGAACAAAGAAAAAACAUGCUUCAUGACGUUCAAGUUAAACGGUCACCCCAGCCCAACCCUGAGGGUGUGUGCGGGCGGUGCCCCUAUACAGCAAGUUUCCGGCACACGCCUCCUGGGUUUCCAGCUCGACAGCGCAUUAACGUGGGAGUCCCAUAUCGAUGAUCUGUGUGGCAGGUUGGGGCGGGCAUGCUAUGCGCUACGGCGCCUAGCGAGCACCGCCGGGCUGUGCGCGGUGCGCCAGUGUUAUUACGCAACUAUGCACUCACUCCUCACCUAUGGCGUGGAGUUAUGGGCCCGCGCUUCAGACUGGAGUCGCGUAUUUGUUAUGCAGAAGCGUGCCGUCCGUAUUAUGACCGGUAAACCAUCAGAUGCCCCAGCAAGAGACCUCUUCCGGGAUCUCAACAUAUUGCCCCUUCCUUGCCUUUACCUUUACCAAGUGGCGGUGUUUACACACGAAAAUCUGAACAAGUUCAAACUCAAGGGAACGAAUGAUAACUACCAUCUCCGUAGCAAUGCGCAUAAAAACAGACUGAUCGCUGAUCCGCACAGACUCGCUAAGUCCCAGCGAUCUAAUACUUUAACCUACCUAUUAUAAUUUAAAGUAAAUAAUAUUAUUGUUUCUGAUUAUAUAAAUAAUGUUGCAAGUAUACGACUUGUAGCGACACUUGUUAGGCCCGUGUCCCUCCCGGCCACAGCGCCAGCAAGCGGGCCGCCGCUUGGUCGCCGCGGGCGCCUGGCCCACGCGGUGCAGGCCGGCCGCGCCCUGCCCGAGUCCUGCCGUCGGCGCCCCGCCGCCGCCGCCGCCGCCGAUGGCCGCUGUCUCAGCGUGCCGCUCGGCCGCUUCCAAUGCGAGCGCCAACUCCACCGCCUUUUUGUAGUCCAAUAUCAUCCCAAUGGUACCUACCAAACCUUCAUAUUGUCAUCUAUUCAUUAUAUAUUAUACUUGCAAACUUUAAUAUCGAUACGUUAAGCGUGAAAACUGAAGACGUUACAGACAGACAGACAGAUCAGAUAUACUGAGUUACAUUGAUAUUUAUAAUAUUAGUAAAGAUUAAUAGGUACAGUCAACCAAUUUGAUUCCUAGGCCACUAUAGAACCAUGUCAUAAUGACUUCUACGACAGUGCUUAUUGAGUGAUGCAUGUCAUGUAUAGAG